GGCACCUGGGCACACACCUGGCCACACGCCGGUGCAGAGCUGGCGGCAGGCCCUCCCGGCGCAGGAAUGGCGGGCCCCCAGCUGCCGCGGCUUCUGUUCGUGCUGCUGGUGCCGGUGCUCCUGCUGAAGGCUUCUGAUGUUAGUGACACUACUCCCCAUACAGAUUCUACAACCUUGGGGAAAAGUCCGGAGACUGUCAGCUCUCACCUCUUCGGUUUCUUAUCCCUCCACCAACAGCAGCUUCAGUUCAGAGGAACCCAACAUCACCUACUCCAGCCCCCUGAGUUUGGAGACAGUCUCCACGACCCACCUCAGCCCCUCAAGUUCAGGAGCAACCCCUACCACCCAGCCUAGCCCCAGCUCCACAGAUUCAAGGAUGACUGUCUCCUCCCCACAACCAGAGACAAUCACCCUCCCUAGUUCCAGCUCCCCCAGUGCAGAGCUCACCCCUUCUUCCCAUCCCACCCUCCCCAGUUCCGAAUCCCUGACCCCGCACUGGAGCCUCAUUUCCCACAGCCCCAGAACCGACCCCUCCUCCAUGCCCUUGACCUCCACUGACCAGACAUCAGAGGGUCCUGGCCCAGCUCCAGGUGACACUGGGCCCCCUGAGUUACACAGGGACCCAGGCGUGGUAGUGAUUGUGUGUUUGCUGGUGUCUCUUUUGGUCAUCGGGUCUGUGGUCCUGGCUGUGAGGUUCUGCCACCGGGAUAAGUCCAAGUUUGGGAGGCUGGACGAGGUGUCCAUGGGGUCUGUGAAUGACAGGUCGGCCUUUGCCUACCACCUCCAGGAGUGAGCCCGGAGAAGCCAACAGAGAUGGGGGCGUGGGUGGGGCUGGGGUGCCGGGGAGGAGCAGAACUCGAGGAAAUAAAGCCCCAGACUGGGUGCGGUGGCUCAUGCCUGUAAUCACAGCACUUCGGGAGGCUGAG